CUUCACCUUUACCAGCCAUAACACACGUGGUUAUGUUUUGACUGGCAGAGUUGAAACUUCAUCAUAAAUUUGCAUGUAAUGAGGGUUUCAGUUCAUUAGAUACAUUGAUAAAGAUGUCUGGACCUCGGUUUCCAUGGAGAGGAGGAGGAGGAAUGAAUGGUAACCCCUGGGGAAUGGGUCAGUUUUCUCCACCACCUCCACCGGGGCCGCGCCCUCCAAUGAUGCGUGGACAAGGGCCCAACAACUGGCGGAGCCCUAACAGCAGGCCCAUCAUUCGCUAUGAUAUGGGACCAUUUGAUAUGGCACCUAGAGGUAUGAGACCAGGAUUCUUCCCCAAUUCAGCACCUCAUAUGAUGAACAUGUCAGGCUGCAGACCUCCAAACCCUGAAAGAUUUAAGCAAGGUCACAUACAGAAAGCUCAAGGUCAGGAUGGUGAUCAAGAAAUGAAAUCACUUGGACAGUCACAUCAGACACAAAAUUUUGGAAGAAAUAUGGCUAAUGGGCCAAGCAAUAAUUUUAGAGGAAAUUUUCAAAAUGGUGAAAAUUACAAUGGAAAAAGAUUUCCUGGAAAUGGGACUUUUAACCAGCAAAACACUGGUAGUGGACAAAGUGGUGACCAUCUGAAAAACAAACAGUUCCAAGGAAAUUGGAAUCAAAACAAAAAGCCGAAAAAGCAGAAGAUUGACAAGAGAGAACUGCCGGAAAACAAUAAAUUUUCCUGUGAUAUUUGUGAGAGAGGCUUCAAAACAGAAGAAAAAUAUAAGGAACACGUAGAUGGUCAUACAAAAUGUACAUAUGAAGAUUGUUCCUAUGUAGCUGCCCCAAAACUGGUACAACUUCACAUCAGAAUGCAACACUACUCUGGUCUUGCAAAGAAAAUUUGGACACUGGAUUCAAAAGAAGAUAUUGAAAAGUGGCGUGCUGAACGAAAGAAACAUUUUCCUACUGCAGAAAAUAUAGCAAAGAGGAGAGUUCAGUCUGCUGAAAUGAAAGCCAGAGGGGAAGUCCUGGAAACAAAACAGUUCGGCAAAAUGAAGGGACAAAAUAGAAACCAGGGACAACAGAAAAACAGACAGAACAGGAGGAAGAGAAGGGGUCAAAGGUCAGGAGACAGCAAUGAGGAGGAUGCAAAGAAGGCCAGAGUGGACACUGAUGUUAGUGAGGUCAAGAAUUCAACAGGAGUGGAAUUGGAGAAACCUGACAUUGUUCCUCCAGCUACAGGCGACCCUCUGUCUGUUCUGCUCACAGACGCCGAAUCAGAUUGUGAUAAUGAGGAGAUGACUCGUGUAGCAAAGCCUGUAGGGGACGUUGCAGAUGGGGAGACAGAAAGCGGACUCCAGGGAGGGCUUGGAAUGAUCCUGUCCUCCUACAGCGCAGACACUGUUCUGGAUAGUACAUGUGAUAAAAACACUACCAGCGAACAAAGUCCAAAACAAAAUAAGAAAAGGGGAGAUAAUUCACGGAAAAACAACCGUCGGAACAAUCAAACAAAAGCUGGAAAGAACAAAUGGAAAAACAACAAAUUAUUUAAUAAUACAAAAUCAUCUUUAUUGGAAAAGCUGUUGUCCAAAGAAAUUCGGCAUGAAAGAAACGUGAUUCUGCAGUGUGUUUAUUACAUUGUAAAAAACAAUUUUUUGGAAACUGGACAAUCCACCUCGUCCAGAUCCAUCAGAGACAGUUGGAAAGACAGACGUGGUAAUGUCACCCCAAGUGUAGGCUCCUUCAUAGAUGAUGAUGCCUGUAUGUGAGGGAGCGGACUAGAUAUUCUGAACCCUCUAUGAGUAUGCACAUUGGACAUGUGGAUCUGUAAAAAUAAGGAAUUAAUCAAAUCCUCAACUGUUUGGGUCUUCCUCGUAAUUACAUAGGAAAUAUGUAUGUAUUUAACUUUGUGAUACUGUGGCAGCCUGUUGUCUGUGUACAGGGGUACUGCUGAAAGUAUUUUAUCUGUAUGCCAGGUGCCAGGUAUUUCCCGGUCAUAUAUCUACAUGAUCAUGUGACUUGCAUACAUCUGUAUUUGUAUAAAGCAGAUAUAUGUACCCAUUUUUGUCAUAAUAACAUGAAUAGUUAUUCUAAUUAAUUCUGUGCCAAGAAAUGUAAAUCCCAGUCAGCAGUGUCUGUUCCUGAAUAUGCGAUAUUAUGCCUAUUGUGUAUUAUUUUGUCAGAAACAUGCAAAUACAUGUUUAAAUGUAAAGCAAGUGCAAAUUUUGUACAAAAUGGUCAGCAGGUACCCUGAGCUUAAUUGAUAUGUAUAGAGUCAUUUUGAUUGUUAAAUGUUCUGUAACAUUCAGAUAUUCAGUGAUAGAUUCAUAAGGUAGUUAAUUGUCGUUUAAAUAUGAAAAUAUCGCAAACGUAUCGUUAUUUUAACUAAUUUCAAGACAUUACUGAGAUCCGACACACAAUUAUAAGCAUUGAACUGUUUUCAUUUGGCAGUCAUAGUCAAUAUGAAUGUCACAAAUUCCAUUAAGCCUGCAAGUGCUUCACGUUGGAUGUGACAUUCUAGUUUGCAUUCAGAAGGUCUAUGAAUGCCAACACUUUGCUGUUCAAUACUUUUACCAUUUUACACUAUUUUAAUCUCAAGGAAAUUUUAAAUCAUUUAUAUAAAAAAAAACAGCAUUUACUUCAAAUAGAUUAUUUAUUGUGUAAUAAAUAGAAAAGUUAUUUUCAACAUAUCAAACAUUACAAUUUCGCAGAAGGUAACAAUCACAACAAACAGCAUGAGGAUAGGUUGCUUCAAUUUAUUAGGUAUCUGUCGACCGGUUUCGCCCUUUGGCGGGCUUCUUCAGGACAAAAUACAAAUUUUCCUAAAGUACUAAAAAUACGGGCGCUCUAUUCUAUUAAUAACAUGUUUGGCAUUAUGACGUCACGCCCCGGACGUUUUAAACAAAUGAGGUAACUCUUACGCAUUUCUAAGCUCUUAUCAAGUAUUCUCAUAUUUAUCCAUGUCCAUGUCACCUCGGUAAAUCCUUCAUGGUUAGUGCUAAAUUCUUUUAUACACAUCUGCAUCUACAUAUUGUUCUGUUUCUGCUUAUUGCUUAUUCUAGUACGUCUAGACAUAGUGUCUCCCUGGAUUCCGAUACAUAAUUGUAUAAUUUAUAGUUCCUCAUCAUUUCUUCCCCUCCAUGUUCCAAAGUAUUGGAUGUAGACACCAACGACUCAAUUCUGAGCAAAGACCGGUCGGGACUUCUCAGCGGGUCCACCACUGAUUACCUGCCGCCCCAGGAUGAUCCGAAAUUUCACUAGGUCUAGUUGUUUCUUAGUUAAUAAUUUGAAUGGUCUUUUCUUCCUUGGAGGUGGCUUUAUCACUCCGGGUUCAAUCCUAUAGAUUGGGUGUUCCUUUCCUUGAUGUUUCCUAUAGUCUUCCAUCCUCCUGUAUGACCAUGCCAUGUCUUUAUGGCUGAAUGUGCAGUGUUAGCGUGCCUACGAAAGUUCCCAAUGUUUGGGUACGUUCUACCACAGCGUAUACAAGGUAUGCAUCUCAUAGUACCCUGUUUGCGCGGUGUGUUUUUAGUCUUCGGCAUACUAUGUGAUUAUGUUCAAUCCCUCUGGUUGUUGAGUACGUAGUAAUCUGAUUAAACUCUCCUCCAGAUGUUGUGAUUGUUACCUUCUACUGAUUUGCUGUACUGGUCAAUCACCCUGCAGACUUCCGGGUAUCCAGCUGAAGGACAAAGGACCCUCGGAUCCACCUAAGUAACACAAACAGCGUAAUAAUGAUGAUGGUAACACAAAAAUGUCACCCCAACUCUAUAUGGUUAUAUAGUGGCAGUGGCUAUGUUAAUAGGAAUUAUUCUGUCACGAUUUGUUGCACUUUCACAUUUUAUUCUGAUAGGGUUUCUGCAGAUUAACACAUAUUAUGACUGUGUCAUAUUGUUGUUUAAGUUAUAUGUCUCCAUGACUUUUGACAGUAACUGUUACAUACAUCAUUUCUUUGAAAUCAUGGAGUGUUUUACAUGUCUGCUCUCAUUGACAAUGACACUACAAAACGAAUCUCCGAUACAAAGGUUUUACUACAGUUUUGAACGGUGAUAACAUUUCGACUGAGGACUGGUGAGUUAAGAGUUUCAUUGAGCAAUAUUUAAAGGUUAUAGGUGUAAGACACAUUUUAAAAUGAUUCCUUUGACAGCUGUUAUAGUCAAUGGUGCUAAAAGUUCUUUCUCCAUAUAGCUAAGGUAAAAUUGCUCUUUCAAAACUCAUAAAACUUGGCAAAAUUACAAUUUGUUUUAUUAUUAUGACCUUUUUUAAAGAAACAAAUAAACAAACGAUUAUUGUUUCAUGUUUUUGCAUGCUAAAUUGGAUGUUGCAGCAUAAAUUGGCAACUUUACAUAUUUUUUCUUUUAAAUUAGGGUUGGAUCAGCAAUAUUAUAUAUCCCAAGCUGAAUGAAGCCAAACUAAUAUGCUUUGCCAAGAUCAACGUUAAAGAACCAACCUCUAAAUGCCUAUAGUUCCUAGUAGUACCAUUAGCUCUGAAAGGAUUGCUUUGAUUUUAAAACAUAUUGUCAUAACAUUGAUGGAAUUAAACCAUUGCUGUUACAGUAUAUCUAGUAGAAGAUGCCUGUUGUAAUAUGAAAAUACCCUAUAUUCAUUAUAGAAUGUUGAAACAUAUAUGUUAUUUGUUAAAAACAUUUUCGUAAUAAAGUGUUGGGGGGGAAAACAAAGACUCCUUUUACUUGUGCCUACAAUAAUAAUCAAGGGCUUAUCUCAUUACUGUAUGGUGGGACAUUUUUGUCUUUUUCACUCGCACUAAUGAGGGCAAAUUCACCAUUACAGUGAACAUCAGGAAACAACAGACUUAACAUAGUAAUUAAAUGCCAUGGCCGAAAUCAAUGCUGGGCAAAUAUGAGUUUUACUGGUGAAGGGCGAAAGUUUGACCUGGCCAAAAAUUUCCUGUAUAGUCUAGUCAAGUUUUAUUAUGAACAAGACUGCAACAAAUUGCCAAUACCUCCAACUACUAAAUACAUGUUUUGGACUCAAUGCAUAGACAUGUAGGUAGUUCCGAUCAUAACCCACUUACAUGAUACUCUGCCUUCCCAAGAUGUACAGCACACCAAGUUUGACGAUCACAGGUGAAUAAUGCCGGAGAUAUGAUCUGGAUAAGCACUGUCUUACAUAAUUUGCACAGAAUGAACACCAAAACAAGCCAUGUCGCACAUAUACACUACUGCGACAAGGUACAACAUCUUUUCCUACAAUCUUCAGCUGGAUCAUUCUCCUAUUUCUGAAUUUAAAAGUUUAUAUUUCAAGCCAUUAUUUAUUUAUUUAUUUACCAAUUAUUUUGACUUCAUAAUUUGUAUCUGACUGAUGAAACUUUGAUAAUUUCCAAAACAAUGAAAUACUCCUGGAUGGUGAUUUUGGCAAUAUCAUGAGAGCUGAGAUAUCUAAUUUCCAAGGCUGGUAUAUAUAAGACCAUUGUAACUACAUGUAUUUAUAUAUUUAUAUAUGUAGGGCUGGGGCGAUAAAGUGUAACCUUUACUCCAACAAUGAAUAUAUCCAUAUGCAAUGAAACCUGUCACAUACAACAUCCUAUUGGAAACAUAAAUUGGUCAGAUUAGACAGGGUCUCAUAAUAAACAGGUCUUAUUUGGAAGUUUCCAUUACAAAUGGGAUAACCCAGUACAACUUAUGAUUCAUAAAAUAUACCUAGUAGAUCUUCUUUAUUCAUAUCUAAUUAAAACAAACAAAAAUUCCAUCAAAAACACAGAAUGGAGAAAUUAAAAAAAAAUGUUAAACUGAUUUGACGUUAAAACAGACUCCUAAAAUGCUGCCCAGUGCCUAAAAUCAAAGUUUGUGAUGUCUGAUUGGUAUAACGAUGAUCCAUAAAAAAUAUUCUGCAUCAAAAUUAAGAUAUGUACCGUAUGUACCGACGUAGUCAAAUCCAGUUAUAUGAAGCAUGAUUACAAAAAUUCAGUUGAUUCAAUGUCAAAUGCUUACAGGAUAUAAAAGUUUUACUGCAGUGUUGGUAGCUUAACUACUUACUGGUGAAAUUAAUUAGAUCAAACAUAGAAAACUGGAUGAGGCAUAUAAUACAUAGUGUAUUGCACUGGACACAGAAAUAAAGAAAGCAAGGAGUUGGCACUCAAUAAUAAUUAACAUCCAGCAACAACCUGCUCACAGAAACCGCAAUAGUUGAGAAAUGUAUAAGGCUAUAACUGUAAUGGACAGUACAUGUACUGGUAUUGACCAUGCUCGGUUUAAAACACAAGUCUUUAAUGAUUUUAUAUCAUUUUCACGGAACUACCCAGACAUCUAUUGAAAACAGAAAUCUGAUAAAGUUUGAAUUUUGUUUUAAUAUUUUAUAUCUUCUCAUCUUUUGGAGAUAAAUUCUAUUGAAAUAUUUCAUAUCUUUUCCAAAGAACUAUUUUCAUUUCUUAAACAAAACUUUACAAUGAAGUGGCGGCUGCCAUUGCUGUCUCUAAACUAUAAAUUAUCACUCAUCACAAAUCAUGUUACAUUCGUUUUUAAUCUGCACACUUGGUCAUGUUUGUCAGCUAUGUGUUCAAUACAGAAUUGACAAAAGGGCUGAUACUCUCGCUGAAGUUAGUAUGAAAGUGUACAUUUUGUAUGACUUGUGCGGAGCCAAGAGAGGAUGACCCUCCUUCUGCACGUCCCCUCUUAUAGCUGGGCGUGAACCCGGUGGCUUGAAUUGCAUUCAGUUUAUUUUUAUAUUUCUGACCACCUAUGUAACCAGUUAGAUUUUUAAGCAAA